UCCAAGAUGGCUUCACACAAGAGGUUGGAGAUUGUUCCGCAAAAAUAUCAAUUUUCUACUUUGUGCACUAGUUUUGAGUUCAUAAAAAGUGUGGUUUUUGUGCAUUUAUGGAUAUUAAGUACACUGUAUAUCUUGUGGAAGCGCAUAAUGUUUUAUAAGUUUGGAAAAUGGAAAAAUGUGGAUAUUUUGAGACCUGACACGUAUGAUGUAAUCGCGUAUAAUUUAUGCAAAUAGGGCGGUCAGUACUUGACAUAUGUAAAUCAGAGAGGUCAUAACCCCUAGCAAGCGACAGCGUUGACUGCUUGGUUUUCAAAGCUGAUCGUGGUUUGUUUUGUUGGGUGAAAAAAAAUUGUGUUUGUGUACAAACGUCAAGCUGGAGUUAGUCACAAAUAUGACGGAAGAAGUCUUUAAAGCUCCAAAAAACAAAAGGUUCUUCCCCAAGUCGUUUACAGAGGUUGGAAGUUCACCUCACAAGAAAAAAAGAACAAAAGAAGAUUUCAUGGAUUUUUGUACCAUUGUCCUAACUUACACCCAAUAUGAUGCACACCAGCGAGAGGAGUUGCGGACCCAGAACAACAUGAGUCCCUUGGACAGCAGCGGGAGUACGGCAGAGAGUUACGCCUCCGAAUCCUCAUCAUCAGCAAUGUCCCUCUCGGAACAGGAAUCGCUCAGUCCUUCACAUGACCAGUUUGGCUUUCAGUCGCCUGACCGUCUCGCACCAACGUUAUCGGAUGACGAUGCGGACCUGAUUACAUGUUUUUGCAUGAAGCCGUAUUCAGGACGCCCCAUGAUCGAGUGCAGCGAGUGUGCCACCUGGAUUCAUCUUUCUUGUGCGAAAAUCCGCAAAACGAACAUCCCUGAUACGUACAUGUGUCAGAAGUGCAGAGACGCCAAAUUCACGACGCGCAAAUCGUCGCGCAUGAGGACUGAGAGCAAACGAAUCAGCACGUAACCCGGUGACCUCGUCGCCUGGGUGUCGUUCAUUACACAAUGUGAUAUUUACAGUUUAGUGUGUGUCUGUGUGUGAGGGGGAUCGAACCCUAGACCUGCCUUAGGCAAUGCAAUCAUUAUGCAUGUUUCCUGUGGUGGAUCCAGCAAUUUCUUGUUGUGUGGAAGGUGGCAAUGCUGACAUGUCAUCCCUGUGACUGUAGUAUACUGGUGACAGAGAGUUCAGUUGGAGAUUGCCAUUAGGGGUGGAGUUGGCCCUAUGGAGUACUAAACCUCGAGGCUAGCUCUGGGUGAACGGAAGAUUUUGCCACGUUAUCUUUUAAGUUUAAAAAAUGACACAAACCCAAUUAUUUUCUAAUAAAAUAUAAAUUAUUACA